AUGCCAAAUCUCCUCCAUGGAACAAAAACUAAAAGACCUUCUUUCUGCUUGACCAGUUCCUUCCUAAAACAGGACGCAAUCCCCACCCUUUAUUCUUUUUCUCUGCUUUCCUCACUUCUUUUGCUCUUGUUCUCUUCAAUAGCAGAAUGGAAAAUACCUCUUUCUUCGUUCUAUGGCUUUUCUCUCUUUCUCCCUCCUCUUCUCUCUUUUUCGCACUCUUUCUCUUUAUUUUUCUCUCUUUUCCCUCUCUCGUUUACUCUCUCUCUCUCUCUAUUUUUCUCUCUUUAUCACUCCUUUCUCCUCCCCCCUUCCUCUCUCUAUCACUCCUUUCUCCCCCCUUCCUCUCUCUUUCUCUACAUCUUUUCGUUUCAGAAGUUAACGGACAGCCGAAGGAAAAUUUAUUCUUUCUCUCUUUCUCCCUCUCCUUCUCUCUUUUUCGCACUCUUUCUUUUUAUUUUUCUCUCUUUUCCCUCUCUCGUUUACUCUCUCUCUCUCUUUUUUUCUCUUUAUCCUCCUUUCUCCCCCUUCCUCUCUCUAUCUAUCCUUUCUCCCCCCUUCCUCUCUCUUUCUCUACAUCUUUUCGUUUCAGAAGUUAACGGACAGCCGAAGGAAAAUUUAUUCUUUCUCUCUUACUUUUGUCUUUCUCUCACUCUUCUUACUCUUUCUCUCUAUUCAUCUCUUUCUCUCUCUUUUCUUUUUCUCUCUUUCUUCCUCCCUCUCUAUCAUUCUCUUCCUUUAUAUCUCUCUCUUAUUUCUCUGACUUCCCCUGUCUUUCUCUCUCUAUAUAUAUUUUUCUUUUCAGAAGUUAACGGCCAGCUGAAUGAAAAGAAUCCUUUCUCUCUUACCUUUUUUCUUUUUCUCUCUCUUCUCACUCUUUCUCUGUUUUUUUCUGUCUUUAUUUCGUUCUCUCUUUUUCUUUUUCCUCUCACUCUUACCCUCCCCUCUCUCUUUAAAUCUCUUCUCUUUCUCUCUCUCUCUCUACAUAUAUAUCUUUUUUCUUUUCGGAAGUUAACGAACAGUCGGAUGCAAAUAAUCUUUCUGCUGUCAUUCUGUUUUCUUGUUCUCUCUUCUUUCCAUCUUUGUUGCACUUUCUCGUCUCUCUUUUGCAUACGUCUUUCUCACACGUCUUUCUCUUUUGUUUCUUUUCCCUCUUUCUCCUUCAUGCAUUUGUUCUUCCAUAUUUCUUUAUCUCUUCUUCGUCGUUUUUCUUUUUCUUUUCCUUCUUUUCUUUUCUCUUUCAUCGACUCUAUCAUCCUUUUUUUCUUCUUCUUUUCUUCCCCUUUCCUUCUUCCUUUUCCUUGUCUCACAUUUCUUCUAUAUUUAGCGUCAGAAAGGACAUUUUUUUUCUCUUCUUUUUCUUGUCCCCUCUUCUUCAAUCGUUCGUUUGAUGGUCUUCGUGACGACCCCGACACAUCACAUUCAGAAGGUGUCUCACGAUUCCUCAAGAGGGGAACUCCGUCGUCUUUAUUCAUUCGAGACAUCGACAAGUCAGCCCCGCUGAAGAACUCCGACAGACUACGCUUUCGUGUUCGAUUUAAUUAG